AUGCAGAACUAACUAAGAUCUUUAAGAAGAUGCAAGUCAAUGAAAAACGUUAAUCAUGAAUCUAUGAUUGAUUCAAUCAAUAGUCCUAGAGAUUAAGAUAUGUCUUUAUUCAAUUUCAUUGAAAUAAAAAGGUUUUGCGAUUUAUUGUAAAUAUAAAGAUAAAAGGAUAAAGCAUUGAAAUAAUAAUAAAAACGUGAACAUCUUAGAAAUCUGUUAGCAAAGAAAUUUAGAUUGAUUUACAAUGUGAUAAGGUUAUUGCAUCAUCAUGAUAGAGUAAUACUUGAAAGGCAUGACGAAGGACUCAAAAAGAAAUCUGUUUUUCUUAUUUUCCCAGUAAACUCUCAAUUUAACUAGGGUGAUACAUCCAGAAGAUUUUGGGAUAUUAUUUUAUUGAUCACUUAUAUCUAAACUGCUAUUUAUUUACCUUUAAGAAUAGCAUUCUUAGAUAAAGAAUCAAAUGGAGUUUAUGAACUAGAUCUUCUAAACGAUAUUAUCUAUUGUAUUGAGUAUCUAUCAAUUUAUAUAGUUGCAGAUAUAAUUUGUAUCUUGAGGUCUUGCUACUAUAAUAGAUAAAACGUUUUAGUUCAAAAUUAAUGGUUUAUAUUUUUAAAUUACUUGAAGGGCUGGUUGAUUCCAGACAUCAUUACUCUUAUUCCAUUUGAUUCAAUUUAUCAGUAAUUAGAUGUAAAAAAUUUUUAGUUUUUAAAUUUAAUAUCAUAAAUUUCCAAGAUUUAUAAGAGUAUUUCGCAUUAAUCGAAUUUUCAAAGUCUCAACAUUUCAUUAAAACCAAUAGUAAUUAUUUUAUGUUAAUAGUUUUUGUCAUUAGUAAUUGGGAAAAUUUUUUUAAUAUAUUCAACUCUUACUAAUUAAAUAUUUUAAAAAUAAUAGUAAAAUUUAUAUAUGGAUUACAUCUAUUCUCUUGUCUUUGGUAUCUAGCUUCAAAUAUAAAUAAUGAAAAAUAUUUAGAAGAUUAAGAUUAUUAAGGCCUUAUAAACUAAAAUUCAGAAUACAUCCAAUCUUUAUUUUGGGCUUUAUAAACCUUUUCUACUAUAGGUUAUGGAAAUGAUGCAGCUAAAAAUUAUGCAUAAUAUAUAGUUGCUAUAUUAUGGAUGUUUUUGGGUGCCUCAUUUUAUUGUGUUAUAUUGUUAAAUCUAUCAGAAUGGUUAAAGAAAUUGAAUUCUGAAUCUGUUUAUGUGGAAAUGCAAAAUACUUUGAAAUUGUUUUUCAAAAAGAUUGAAGUCAUUAAAGAAGUUCAAACAAAAGUUUAAUUAUAUUUAUCAUUAAACAUAAAAUAAAACUAAGCUUGGUCAUUAAGUUUGUAAGAAUGGUUCUAAAAUUUACCAAUAAUUAGAUAAAAAGAAAUAACUCUUUAUGUCUCUUAUAUUGAAAUGAUGUAAAUUCAUUUUUUUCGACUCAAUCUCAAUUUUUCUGUAUCUAUUUUACCAAAGAUGAUGCUUAUGAAAACUUAAUAAAAUUGUAAAAUUUGGAUUAAAGAUGAAGUAGUUAAUGAAAUAUAUUUUCUAAUUAGAGGUAAAUUAUAAUAUAGAACUCAAUUUGGAAAAAUACUUUUAUAAUUAGAUGAAGGAUCAAUAUUUGGUGAAUAGGAAUAUUUUAAAAAACUUCAAUUUUCAAAAUAACAUUCCAGAAAAAAUUAUGCUGUUGCUGUUGAAUUGUGUGAAUAUAUUAUUUUAAAUGGAGAAUAUUUUUUUUAAUAAAUGAGUGCUUUCCCAGCUUUACGUUAAUAUUUAGCUAUUGUUGCUUAUAAUAGAGAACAAAGAAUGAAAGCUCAAAUAAUUUAUAAUAGAUUUGAAAGAGAAAGAGAAAUUAUGAAUACUUUAAAACUUGAAAAAAUUAAAGAAACAUGUAAUAUAGAUGUAACAAGAUACAAAGGUAUGAUUAAACCACUAAAAUCUAUUAUUUAUGAUACAUAACAUUCAAGAACACAAUAAGUGUUAGAACAAUUAAUUCAUAAUAGAAAAAACAAAAUCGAUAAACUUAUUUAACAAUUUAAAAAAGUUGUUUAAAUGAUAAUUUUUGCCAAUAAAUUAAUUGAAAAAUAAUCAUUCAAUAUUAGUAAAGUUCAUCCUUAAAUGAUUUUUCAAUCUUAACAAACCUCAACAACUUUAAAAACAUUAUCUAAUGAAUCAAGGAUAAUAGUUUCUAAACCUUCAUAAUUGCUUCAAAAAAAUUACUAAAAUCAAAGUUAUAAAAAAAUUGAAAAAAGUAUUAUAAUUAAAAUGAAAUAACUUAGUAAUGCAAGUUACAGAAAACGCAAAUAAUAAAUUAGUAAUAAGAUUUGGAUUCAUAAUUAAAAUAAAAAAUAUGUCUUAUAACAAAUGUUUAGAGUUAAAUAUUCAAGAAAUUAAAUAGAAAACAUGUACAGUUUUCAAGAUUAUGUUAUAGAAGUUGAUGAUUUUUCACAUUAUGAGAGAUAGUUGAAACUUUUCAGAAAUAAUUUUUAAGAUAUUAAGAACAUGAAAAAAUAAAUUAAAUAAUAUAAAGAGUUAUUGAAAAUGUAAAUAAUGGAGUUAGAAAAUGAACUACUUAAUGUAUGUACUUAAAUUGAAAAACUAAAAUUAAAAGUGUGA